AUGGCAACCAACUUGUUCACGCUAAAAGGCAAGACCGCCGUCAUCACCGGCGCAGCACGCGGCCUAGGGCUCACAUUCGCCACCGCACUGGCGAGCGCGAAUUGUAACCUCGCCGUGCUAGACAUCCUCCAAGAGCCUUCCCCAAGUCUUCUCACGCUGGGAGACCACCAUAACAUCAAAGUGGAGUAUUACCGCACGGACAUCACCUCGCGUCCCGAGAUCACGGCCGCAAUCGAGAAAAUCGAAGCGGAGUUUGGACGAAUCGAUAUCAACGUCAAUGCCGCAGGCGUGGUCACGGACGAGCCCUUCCUCAAGACCACCGAUAAGAACAUCGAGCGCACGUUUGCAGUCAACUUUACCGGUUCCUUUCUCGUGGCUCAGGCUUGUGCGAACAGCAUGGUCGCACGGUAUAAGUCCACCCAUGGCGACGAACCAGCAACGCCCACUACUGGCACAAUCAUUUUUAUCGCCAGCAUCGCAACGCACAUUGCUUCCAGUGCGCAGCAGAUCAGUUGCUACACAGCAUCCAAAGCAGCUGUGAAGGGGUUGGUGAAACCCAUGGCCAUGGAACUUGCACCGUAUGGAAUCCGAGUCAAUUCUUUGAGUCCAGGGUAUAUGAUGACGGAUAUGAUGCGCGGAUUGCAAGAACAGCAACCUCAAUUGGUAGACCAGUUUGAGAAGGAAACUUUGUUUGGGCGGAUUGGGCUGCCCGAGGAAUUGACGGGUGCUAUUUUGUAUUUGUGCUGCGAUGGCGCAAGUGGGUGGUAUACAGGGCAGGAUCUGUUGAUUGAUGGUGGGGCGAGUAUUUGGAAGCAUCCAGCUGCUUUAGCAUCAAACUAG